AUGCCUACCUCGAGCAUCCCACUUCCCCCACCCGAAUCAUCAGCUUACGAGAAAGAACCUGGCCACACUCGUCAGGAUCUCGCUGCGAAGGCAGUCAAGACGCCUCCGAUAAACACUUCCUCCCCAGCACCCUUGCCAUCGGCUCCGAAUUCACCCAUUCCACCGCCGUCAUCGGUAAAGCGGGCAGCAUCAACAUCGGUUCCGAAUACCCCCGCCGUGCCCCCCAGAGCGCCUUCUCGCGCUGCCUCAAUCGCUUCAGAGGCCUCCCAAGCAAGCCACAAGUUCACUCUCAAAGACCUUCUUGCCUCUGGCCCAAAACUCUCUCGAAAGGGUAGUGCUCGCAGCGCUAGUUCGAGACACAGUGCCGACAGCGGCAGCGAACGGAGUCACAAAGCCAAGAGCGCAAAGUCAGGUGGUGGAGAGAGUGUUGGAAGUCUAUCACAGAAGUACGGUGUCUGCCAGAAGGUUGCCAUUGGCAAAGGGGCUACAUCCGUCGUCCGCCUUGCUCACAAAUGGGACCGCAGCGAUGGGGAGAAGAUGUAUGCCGUCAAGGAAUUUCGAAAACGCCGUCGCAACGAGACUGAGAAGGAGUAUGUCAAGAAACUCACUGCUGAGUUCUGCAUCAGCUCGACCUUGCACCACGUCAACAUCGUCGAGACGGUUGAUUUGGUUCAAGAUGAACAGGGAAAGUGGUGUGAGGUCAUGGAGUUUUGUCCGGGAGGAGAUCUCUAUGCGGCCAUCAAGAAAGGCGGCAUGUCGCCCAGUGAGGUCGAAUGCUGUUUCAAGCAAAUUCUCCAAGGCAUUGGAUACCUCCACUCGCAAGGUGUAGCCCAUCGUGACAUCAAACCGGAAAAUCUGUUCUUUGACACAGUUGGGCAUCUCAAGAUUGGUGACUAUGGAGCGUCAACGGUCUACCGGCUGCCAUGGGAGGGCACAAUUCAUAUGUCAACUGGUUUAUGUGGAAGCGAGCCAUACAUCGCGCCAGAACAGUUCCUCGGAAAGCCCUACGAUGCACGUCUUGUCGACAUAUGGGCCUGUGGAAUUGUUUAUUAUUGCUUGCAUUUCCAGGAGCUUCCUUGGCGGGCAGCGCAGCCCACUGACCAGUUGUAUGCUGCAUAUGCUGCCGCUGCUGCAUCGACUCCUGGCCCUCCUCUCCAAUCCGCGGUUCCCAACGGCAACGGACACACUCAAAGCGCGUCAGAAAGCCGGGACCGCAACCAUACCAACUCUGCUCUCCUUUUCCCUCCGACAAUCAACAACCUUUCUCCGCGCGCUUGCCGGCCGCUGAUAAGAAAGAUGCUCGAGCCAGACCCGAAGGCGCGUGUGACGAUUGAAGACGUAUUGGGAUCGGCGUGGAUUAGUGGUGUCGAGGUUUGCUGGGAUGUGGAGACUGCGAGCCAUGUUCAUGUCAACGCGAGAGCGAUGGCAAGAGCUGUUGAGUACCAGUAA